UUAGCUAUCGAUCCAAGUAUCUGUACAGAUCUCAGAUAACUCGCUCAAUUAUUCCGAAUUGUAGACCAAAGUGCGAGGAGUGUCGUGCUGGCGUUGUGCUGAGGCUAUUCAACCAAAAAUUGUCUGUUUCUCGGUAGAUUGUUGUGGAUCUUUACGGCGGUGAAAUUAUGAGGAAAGAAAGAUACAUUGGGCUGUGCAUAUGAAAGUUGACCGAAGAUAAGAACGUUUCGACGAAUACAACAAAAUCAAAAAAAUAGAAGGUGAACCUUUACGAAGUAAGGGAUAAAGUGCAGACCUAGUAGUUCUAACUAAAUAAGGGCAACAAAAUUGCUUCGCAGAAUUAAAGAAUUAACACAAUCGUAAUCAUUCGGAGUCUAAAUGCUCAGUUUGGUGCUGAGGGCGUGAUUGAACUAAGAAAACGACAAACAAUCUUUUCCCUGUGCGAUAAUGGAUAAUAUAACGAAGACCUAACUUGGGUCCGAAGCUAAUGAAAAAGGCAAUAUCGAAGACCAAAUAUAAUUGAAAUAGUCCUGGAUCGUUAAGUCAACCAUUGUUUGGAUUCUUCUAAAAAUGGAAUACAAGAAUAUCAAUUCAACUGGCUCUGCUCUUCAUACCGAGUUUGAGCAGGGUCCAUACAUUAAGAUUGAGAGAGUUGAAAGUGUGUCAUGGGACACACCAGCUUCCAACGUCCUGAAGGACGAAGGUAACCCUUGUGAGACUCGAAGUGGACGUCGCUCCAAACCUUUAUUGACCAUCGUUGAUGGGACAUUUUUUAAAAUUCUGCCCCACAAAUCCACUCACAAAAAUUUAGUAGUAUUAUGUAAAAAAUGUGAAUGUGAAGUGAAGGGGAGCAGAUUCUCAACUACAAAUUUCGUCCUUCAUUUGAAGCGUAAACAUGGAAAAGAGGCACUGAACGAGUAUGAACUAUACAAAAAAAGCAAGAGCCAACAGCAUGUGCGCGUUAGAUCGCAGGAAAACUCUAAUUUUACUCAACGACAGUUCGAAGGACUUUUCUCUCGAUUUGUGGUCAAUGCAAUGGUACCUUUUCGUGUGGUUGAGGACAAGUAUCUAAGGGAACUAUUCCAAACCUUGAAUACAGACAAAUAUGGGCUCAAAGUGCCCAGUACCUAUGCCGUGGCAAAAUAUACGGAAAGAAUGUUUGAAAGUACCAAAAAAACAUUAAAAAAGUUACUGAGUAAUGUUGACUAUGUUUGUAUUACGGCUGAUAUAUUGUCGGGCAAACGACGGAGUUUUUUUAUGGUCACAGCACAUUGGAUAACUGAAACUUUCGAAAGGAAGUCAGCGGCACUAGCUUGCAGAAGGUUCAGACGUCCUCACACCUAUGAAAGGAUUGCUCAUAAGCUUCUGGGUAUUCAGCAGGAUUUCGGUUUAUCUUCAAUAAAAAUUGCCGCUACGGUUAUGGAGAAUGGAUCGAAUUUCUUCAAAACUUUCAGGAGCUUCGGUGUCGACAGAGCAUUGAUAGAAAAACACUCGUCAAAUGUAUUCGUAGAUGAUGAUGAGAUUGAUGUUCAGUUCGAUAGGGAAGAAUCAUCAUCCGAUUCCGAGUCCUUUGCCGACGCCCCACAACCUAAUCCUGGAACAGAGUCUGCUGCAUCCAAUUUUCAGUCAUCGCCAACACAAUUUUCUUGCUUUUCCCAUACCCUCAACUUAUGCUGUUCAACCGACUUAGAAGCAGUAAUUCAUCAGCAGACGGAAUUCGCCACAACUCACAAGUCAGUCAUGGGCAAGUGCAACGCUCUGUGGACGUUAGCAACAAGCCCGGAAACAUCCAAAAUUCUGGGGGAUGCUUUAGGUCAUACACUAUCACGACCCAAGGAGACCAGCUGGAACUCGUUGUAUGACUCGCUUCGACAAAUCUUAAAGGCUGAAAGUAGAAUUUCACAAGUAUAUCGUUUUACAAUCACCGAUCAACCUCUUCAGUUAACAGACAGUGAUUUUACUUACAUACGAGAGUAUGUGGAAUGCUCUGCUCCGUUGGCGGAGCUGCUGGACAUCCUCCAUGGCGAGGAAGAUGUAUAUUUUGGAAUUGUCAUGCCCUCACUAUCGUCCCUUAAAUAUAAACUUCAGCAACUGCAACAAAAACAGUGGAUUUACUGCCAGCCCGUUAUCGACUGUUACCUCAACAGUGUUCAAAAUAGAUUCGCUGAAUUUUUCAACAUCUCCACCCCAUUGGCGGAAACUGCUACUAUUGCUGCCUUCGCUAACCCACAUUUUAAAAAAAGAUGGCUAAAAUGCCUGGACAGCUUUCAUCAUGCAAGACUGCUGCAACUAUUCACGAAUGCUGUGAGUGAAUGCGUCCGGAUAAAACUAGAGGGGACAUCCUCAAAGGCUGCCGCAGAAGGACUCGCACCAAAGUACAGGCAAUUUUUUGAUUUCGGAAAGGAAGAAGAUACUAAUCCUAAUUCGGAGAGCAACUCUCUAGCUCAGAUGCAAAUUUGCAGUUAUUUUGUCAACCAAUCUUUGUCGUUUAAUGUGCUUAAUGAUUACCCGGCAAUAAAGGAGGUUUUCUUCAAAACUAAUACGAUCCUGCCCUCUUCUGCACCCGUGGAAAGGCUCUUUUCCUUUGUCUCUAUAACGAAUGCACCUGAAGCUAACCGGUUAUCGGAUGAAACCUUUGAAAUGCGUGUUGUCCUGAAGGCGAAUAAUUACCAAUUCAUCACUAAUUAAUCAGUAUUGAUAAUUUCUAUCAUAAUUAUAAGAAAUAAAAUUCACAUAUAUUUGCAGUGAUUAAUAAUUAUGCAUAAACGUUUGUUGUGCUGCUUUUGGAAUUACAAUUACUAUUUCGUUUCUUUUACAAUUAAUUUGGUUUAAGUUUUUUAGAGAACUUGUUCACGAUAUCUUACGUAAUAAAGAGUAAUUGUUCUA